AUGGAUGGUGAACGGGUCACAAAAAAAGUGCGUCUUCUUGCUGAGAACGCCAUUAUGUAUGUAUCUUCUGGUUUUUCUCCACAUUCAGACUCGAUUUUUACCUUUACUUGCGACAAAUCUCCUACCAAUGGGUUUACAGCUUCUUCAGCACCUCAAUAUCUGCAUAGUACAGUUGGUUCUAUUAAUUAUACCGCCAAACCUUUGUUUUCUAGUGCAUUUUACACACAUGCAUUGGGCAUUAUUGAUGCAGAAAAAGAUGAAAUAUCUCUAUUGCCUGUGUCUUUAGUACGGCUUGAGUGUAGUGUUGAAAAGAGGGUUCACGGGGAUGACGAUAUUAAAAAGAAGGAUAUUGAAGAGAAAAAGGAAAACGCAGAGUCGAGAGAUUUUCAUGACAGCACAAUAGAUGAAAAGGUUGCACUAGGACAAGCGUUUGGAUCCAAACGUAUGCAGAAAAUCAUACAAAAUAGAGCAUUACAGGCAGCUAAUGCACAAUUAAGCGUGCAAGUGGGUGCAGCAGUUGUUGAACAGGUCAAGGAAGCAGUGGAACAUGCAAAAGGAAGUAGUAUAGGGGCAAUAGAGGAGGAAAAUAUAUAUGGAGAAGCAAAGAAGGGAUUGGAGAAUGGAGAUUUACCUGUUCCUCCACAAAAUAUACAAACAACAAAUGUUGAAGAGGUUUAUUCAUUAUCAGAUAUUGUUUCUGCAGAAGAAUUAUCAGUAAUUCAUGUUAAAUUAUUACUUCGAGCGCCAGAUGAAAGAAGCCGUGCUAAUAUUGUCUAUAGAAAUUCUCGGUAUAUUAAUGAUCGUCUUGGGAAGGCAUUAGUAGAUGGGAAGAAAAAUAAACGUCGGAUAAAAUUGCUUUAUUAUGCAUCAUUGUUGAUGGCAUUUUAUACAAACUAUCAAUUGGUAUCAAAGAAAGACUUAUUGAUAAAAAAAUUGGGGGAUCCGCCAGAGAUUUUAGUGGAUCAUCUUAUUACGCGAUUUUCAGAGCCCAGUCGCUCAGGAAUAAAUCAUGAGAUAAUUGUUCCGGUUAUUACAUCGUAUGGAAUUGAUAAGAUUUUAUGUUACUUAUUUGCAUUAUGUUUAAUAAUUGAUGAGUUUUCUGUUGAUAUGAAUCUUUUAGCACAAGAUCUUUCACUUAGUACGCAAAAAUGCAAAGAGUUGUUUAAAAUACUAGGAUGUAAGAUCCAGGGAUGUACAGAGGCACAGCGAAUCUCUUUGAAUCUUUCAAAAGCAGAAGCCAAGACAUAUAAAAGGGCGGUUCUUACAUUGCCCCUUGAGGUUGUGACAAAAAAACGGAGAAGACUAAGAUAA